AUGAAGCUCCUUAUUCUGGCUGCUCUGUUCACAGUGGGCACAGCCAUCAGCGGUUUGGGCUCGAAAGCAUUAUGGCAGUUCCGCAACAUGAUCAAGUGCACGAUCCCCAGCAGUGACCCCUUGUUGGAUUACAAUAACUAUGGCUGCUACUGUGGCCUGGGUGGGUCAGGCACCCCAGUGGAUGACUUGGACAGGUGCUGCUAUCAGCAUGACAGGUGCUAUGACCAGGCCAAGAAGAUGGACAGCUGUACCUUCCUCCUGGACAACCCGUACACCAAUACGUACUCCUACAAGUGCUCGGGCUCCGAGAUCACCUGCAACAGCAACAACAAGGAAUGUGAGGCCUUCCUCUGCAACUGUGACCGCACUGCAGCCAUCUGCUUUUCAAAGGCCCCCUACAACCCAGAAAACAAGAACCUGAACUCCAAGUACUGUAAGAACUAA